AUGGAACUGUCCCAGCUCCUCAAUGAGAUCAGGGCAAAGUAUGAAACGCUCGUCACCAGAAAUCAGAUAAAGACCAUCAUCUCAGCAAGGACCCAGCUAAAAGAAGCUACAAUUAAAAGAAUGGACAAAGAUGCAGAAGCAUUAAAGGCAGCCAGAGCAGAACUCUGUGAAGCGAGACGGCAGUGGCACCAUAUGCAGAUCGAAAUUGAAUCUCUCCACGCUGUGGAAAAGGGUUUGGAACGCUCAUUGCGUGCCACAGAGCAGCAGUACCACAUGCAACUACAAAAUUUAGAAGCUGAGAUUGAAUGCUUAGAGAAAGAGCUACUGGAAGUGAGAAGAGGUAUUGAGAAACAGCUUCAAGAGCACGAAAUUCUCCUGAACACGAGGAUGAAACUGGAGGAGGAGAUAGCAACGUAUCGCAGUCUGCUUGAGCAAGAAGAGAACAGGUUUCGUUGCUCUGUACCUGACCAGAAGGAUGACAAAAAGCCUACCACCAGCAAGAUUGCCUUUACACUGCCUUCAGCUAGUGUAUCUGCAUUUUCUUUUACAGAUGGUGUAAAGAAGCAUGAAACUGAGAAGGUGGAACUGAUGACAAAACAAGCAAUCCUAGAUGGAAAUAUUAUGAAGGAAAGCGCUGAAGCUCAUGGCACUGUACAGACAGAAAAAGUGGAUGAAGUCAUUAAAGAAUGGGAAGGUUCUUUCUUUAAGGACAACCCUCGCUUAAGGAAAAAAUCAGUUUCAUUGCGCUUUGAUCUCCACCUAGCAGCAACGGAUGAAGGAUGUUUACACACUAAAAAGAAAACCCUUCCCGACAUUGAAGUCAGGCUGGUAAUGAGGAGAUCUUGCAGUAUUCCUUCUAUCAAACCUUAA